AUGUUCUUAGAACGUCUGCCGACGUCUGUACAAACAAUCUUGGCCUCUGGCUCCGACGACCUAGAAAUAUCAAAGUUAGCGGAGAUGGCUGACCGUAUGAUGGAGGUUGAGCGUUUGUCAUCCCCGACGAUUGCUCAGGUGUCCCAGCCUCUCAACGUGUCCACAUCUGACCUGGCUGAACUAAAGACACAGAUUGCCCAGUUGUCAGCGACUGUUGCCGCUUUGCAGCUGCGCCGAUCCCCCGGUCCCUUUCGAUGUUCCUUCGGCCGUGACUGUCGUCGUUCCCGCUCUCGCCCCAGGACCGCCAACCUAUGUUGGUAUCAUGUCAACUAUGGCGACAAGGCGCGGCGCUGUGUCCCACCCUGCUCCUUCAAGUCCACGCAGGGAAACUCCUCGGCCGGAGAGUAA